UCAAAGGCGUAAACUACUCCUGUUAGCAGAGGUGUUAAAAUCAAUUAAUCAAUCGAAAGUGAUUGAAAGAGCGUAAUUGUACGUUAGAAAUAAUAGCCAAAGUUUGAGGAAGUAGGAAUUUGUGCUACAAUUUUUUAUUACUGGAAGAAAAAAUUAAUUUUUUACAUUUAUAAACAAUUACCUGUAAUUACUAUGGAGAUGAAAAGUGUUGACUAUUACUACCAUGUGGAAUAUGUGGGCGGGUCCACUAAAGCGCAUCCACCAGUACGUGGCCUCAACAAAACAAUGAAUAGUGUUUUGGGUUAUUCACUAUUCGUCAUAAUCAUCUUCAUAACUGUCAUCCACAUGCCACAACAAAGCACUGCUGCAGCUUUGACGAAAAAUGCCGCUACUGAGUUCGACUCACCAGAAUCAGUUGAGGAUGCAUUGAAUAUGUUGCACGAGUUGUCUCGAUUCAUACAUGGCGAACAUCAAGUUGAUGGCGACGGCGCAAAAGUGCGUCAUGUGUUUAAGCGGCAAAAUAUCAUGCACACAUCAGUUAAAUCUGCUGAUAUACCGGCAUGGCAAAAUGUUUGUAGUCAGGACAAUGUUUGGAGUGGUGAUGAGUUGCCAGAGGAUCUAAGUGAUGAUUAUAUUAAAUUGUAUAUGAGGCAUUUGCGAAAAGUGGUACGACUAGAGUACAAAACUCUUAAAACUAAUGGUUUCGAUGAUAUCGACAUUGAUGAUAUGCAAGCAUGGCGUCGUCAUGAACACAAAUACAAAUUUUUGCCCACAUUGAAGCACAAUGCAACGAUCGCUCCUAUUUGUUGGCAUCAGAGCUUACAAAAAUUCAUCGCUUCCUUUGACUAUCUAUACCAAAUCCAACAGCAAUGGGAUCACCAACACCAACGUCCACAAAGUGGCAUUACACGCGAGUUGCAUGAGCUCUUGCAAAGUUCCAAGCGUAUUUUAUGCGAAACUGAAACAGCUAUUAACGGCUGCUUCCCACGCAAUCGACGCCAGUUGCUAACCAUUACACGGGAGGAAAUGACUGAGAUCCUUAAUUUUUAUACAACAAGCCAAACCUCUACUGAACUAGGUGUUAAUCAUACCGAUAUGCGAUUUCUGAAAUUCUUUUAUCAGAACUACUUGCUGCGACUUUGGAAAACGUUACCAUGUAAUCCACAUCAAAUUAAACUGGAAUCUACUUGUGUUAACGCAGUUACGUACACGCGGAAUUGAACUUCGAUAUUAAGUAUUCGAAAUUAAGUGAAAAACUAGAAAGAAGAGUUAUUUUCUGAUUUUUUACCAUUCAAGAGCAAAUUU